ACAUAAAUAUGUUCAGACAUGCGUGUUCUUUUUCGUUUUAAUCAUGAUAAAGACUUAACUGUGUAUCAAGUUCAAUGUGACACCUUAUGUAUCGUUAAAGUACCUCUUCUCGAACCUCACCUUUUUCGAACCCUUCAUUUGUUUACAUUUCAUACGCAUGGGUGCACACGCACUUCAUCACAGUUUUUUGUGUAUCAGUUAUUUGUUUAUGCCGACUUGCACGUAGCGGCAAAUCAAUGAAAAUGUGUCAAAAACCUGUAGAAUAAAGUAGAAUAAUCAUAAAACAGGUGUAGAAGUCUUGAGCUUCAUGCAGAAUGAGAUACAGUAUUCCAGUUUCUGAAAUUCUGUUGACACUGUGAUGUUCCUGAAAAAAAGGAGAAGAUCAUGGGUCAGCAAGAGAGCACAGUACCGGAGACAGCAGUUAGCAUUGUCCAUGGAAAACUGCUCCACCAUUCGGAUAUUCUGAAGAGGAUUGCAACGUUGUCCUACAAAGAGUUUGUAGACUCUCUGCGAGAACUUAAUGAAAUCACCUCCACAUUCACAGACAAUCACGGCAAACAGCUACAGUUCUCUGUGAAGCCUGGAACCGACGAGACUAUCUUCUGGAAAGCCACUAUUCAAAUUGAGUGCAAAAAGAUCUUAGCGGUAAACAAGCGCAUAUGUUCUGUACGAAACAUGGGCCUGCGACAAUACAUUGCAGUUUAUAAGGAGAUUACAGAGCAAGUAAACAACCUGCCUCCAGCCAACCCGGGCACAAUUCCCUUCAAUCUUAGCGCAUCUGUGAUACUAGACGAAGCUGAAAGCUGCCACAGUCUGCCUCUGGAGGAUGAGUGCUGUAUCUGUAUGCAGAAUGAAGCCAAGACUAUCAUGCCAUGUACACACAAGUUCUGUGAAAACUGCUGCAAAGAGUGGACGGACGUACACAACAACUGCCCAAUUUGUCGAGCUAACUGCCCCAGUUCCGCAGACACAUGGGAGCUGACAGACCCUCCAGAUAGUUCAGAGUUCAGCUCCGAAAUGAAAGAUGUUCUUGUGGGAAUUGCUGACAGAAAAUCACGAAGUUCAAAUUCAUAGCAUUUGCUCUGUGAUAUUUCUAAGGAUAGGAUUGUUUUUUAGUGAAAUGUCUAGCAUGUUGAUGUUCUAAGACUAGAGUUGGGUUCAAUAUGAGCCUCUGGGAAAAUGGGGCUUAAUGCCUGUGUGUAAAGUCUCCUCCUAGAUUAGCCUGUGGAGUUUGUACAUGCUAACCAGUGAUAACACUUUCCACUUGAAUGGAAUUUUUCUUUGAAAGAAAGUUUCCUCUCAAUGUAAAAAAAACAGAUUGAAAGUGUUGUCCAAUAUUAGCCUGUGGAAAGUAUUGUCCAAUAUUAGCCCGUGGAAAGUAUUGUCCAAUAUUAGCCUGUGGAAAGUUUUGUCCAAUAUUAGCCAGUGGAAAGUAUUGUCCAAUAUUAGCCUGUGGAAAGUAUUGUCCAAUAUUAGCCUGUGGAAAGUAUUGUCCAAUAUUAGCCUGUGGAAAGUAUUGUCCAAUAUUAGCCUGUGGAAAGUAUUGUCCAAUAUUAGCCUGUGGAAAGUAUUGUCCAAUAUUAGCCUGUGGAAAGUAUUGUCCAAUAUCAGCCUGUGGAAAGUAUUGUCCAAUAUUAGCCUGUGGAAAGUAUUGUCCAAUAUUAGCCUGUGGAAAGUAUUGUCCAAUAUUAGCCCGUGGAAAGUAUUGUCCAAUAUUAGCCUGUGGAAAGUAUUGUCCAAUAUUAGCCCGUGGAAAGUAUUGUCCAAUAUUAGCCUGUGGAAAGUAUUGUCCAAUAUUAGCCUGUGGAAAGUAUUGUCCAAUAUUAGCCCGUGGAAAGUAUUGUCCAAUAUUAGCCUGUGGAAAGUAUUGUCCAAUAUUAGCCUGUGGAAAGUAUUGUCCAAUAUUAGCCCGUGGAAAGUAUUGUCCAAUAUUAGCCUGUGGAAAGUAUUUCCAAUAUUAGCCCGUGGAAAGUAUUGUCAAUAUUAGCCUGUGGAAAGUAUUGUCCAAUAUUAGCCUGUGGAAAGUAUUGUCCAAUAUUAGCCUGUUCAGACUUCAAGGCUUAACUGGGACAACAUUCUAAUUACAUGAAUUAAUCCCUGUUUUCCCAGAAUAUGCUCAAAUGAUGUAACAAUUCCGGACCUCUAUUGACUAAACUAAAGCAAUGAAGUUGUCAGUUUUUUU